AUGCAACUCUUUCACGUCCUCCUCCUGCUGGUUGCCGGGGCGACUGUAGGAUGCAUUGCCGUGAUGACCACCCUACAUGGUGUGCGAGGCUGUACGGUGAGGGAGUUCUCCUUUGUGGCACAAAAACCUGGAUGUAAAAGCCUGCGGAUCAGCACGGAGGCCUGCUGGGGGCGCUGCCACACCUGGGAGAAGCCCGUGCUGGAGCCGCCCUAUACCCAUGUACACCACCGGGUGUGCACCUACAGUCGCAUCCGCCCCAUGACCGCCCGCCUGCCUGGCUGCCUGCCCCACAUCUCACCUCUCUACCACUACCCACUGGCCAUGUCUUGUCACUGUGCCAUAUGCUCCACUGUGGACACCGAGUGCGAGACCUUCUGA